UGCAAACUAGCUUGUUAUUUUGGUCUUAGUUUACUCAGUUUUAAAGGGUAAAGCGGAAGUACUUUUAUCUAGUAAAGCUUACUGUCGCCAUGGCAAGCGCCCUAGCAGCAAAGAUGGGAUUCAACUCUCUGAUGAGAAAACAAGCCAAGAACUUUAAAGUCAGGAUCUGCACCAUGGAGUCAGACAUGGAGUUCAGCUGCGAGGUUAAGUGGAAAGGAAAAGAUCUUUUUGAUUUGGUGUGCCGGACUCUGGGUCUGAGGGAAACCUGGUUCUUUGGGCUUCAGUACAUCAUAAAGGACACUGUGGCUUGGCUAAAGAUGAAGAAGAAGGUUUUAGAUCAAGAGGUGCCAAAAGAAGAGCCACUCACAUUUCACUUCCUGGCAAAGUUUUACCCAGAAAGUGUUGAAGAGGAACUAGUACAAGAUAUCAGUCAGCAUCUUUUCUUCCUACAAGUUAAGGAGAAGAUCCUCGAGGAAGAGAUCCACUGUCCUCCAGAGGCAUCCGUGCUGUUGGCUUCUUAUGCUGUCCAUGCCAAGUAUGGAGAUUAUGACCCUGAUGUUCAUAAACCAGGCUUCUUGACCGAGGAGGAGCUGCUGCCAAAGAGGGUAAUUAAUUUGUACCAGAUGACAGCGGAAAUGUGGGAGGAGAGGAUCACUGCAUGUUACGCUGAGCACAGGGGUAGAACGAGGGAUGAAGCUGAGAUGGAGUAUUUAAAAAUAGCUCAGGACCUGGACAUGUAUGGCGUCAAUUACUUUUUAAUCAGGAAUAAAAAGGGAACAGACCUGCUGCUGGGAGUGGAUGCCCUGGGUCUGCACAUCUACGAGCCAGAAAACAAGCUGACACCGAAGUGCUCCUUCCCGUGGAACGAGAUCCGCAACAUAUCCUACAGUGACAAGGAGUUUACCAUCAAACCUCUGGACAAGAAAACAAAAGUGUUCAAGUUCAACUCCCCCCGACUGAGAGUCAACAAGCUGAUCCUCCAGCUGUGUAUCGGGAACCAUGACCUGUUUGUGCGACGACGACGUGUGGACUCUCUUGAAGUGCAGCAAAUGAAGGCUCAGGCUAAAGAAGAGAGGGCCAGAAAGCAGGUAGAGAGGCAGCUUCUGCAAAGGGAAAAGCAGCUACGGGAGGACGCAGAGAGAGCCAGGGACGAGCUGGAGAGGAGGUUAAUUCAGCUGCAGAAUGAGGCUCACAUGGCCAAUGAGGCAUUGCUGCGUUCAGAACAGACGGCGGACCUCCUGGCUGAAAAAGCCCAGAUAGCAGAGGAGGAGGCCAAGCUGUUGGCCCAGAAAGCUGCUGAGGCUGAGACUGAGAUGCAGCGCAUCAAAGUGACCGCCAUACGAGGCCAGGAGGAGCGACGCAUCAUGGAACAAAAGGUGCUGGAGGCUGAGAUGAGAGCACUCAAGAUGGCUGAGGAGUCAGAAAGAAGAGCCAAAGAGGCUGAGCAGUUGAAACAGGACCUGCAGGAAGCCAAGGACUCAGAACGCAGAGCAAAGAUCAAGCUGCUGGAAAUUACCAGCAAAGCCAUCUAUACGUCCCCUGGACGGCCCUCUGACAGCAUUCCUCCAGACCUGAGUUUCAGCAGGGAGAACCUCAGCUUUGACUUCAAAGAUACCGACAUGAAACGUCUUUCCAUGGAAAUCGAGAAAGAGAAAGUUGAGUAUAUGGAGAAGAGCAAGCACCUGCAGGAGCAGCUGAAUGAGCUGAAGACGGAGAUCGAAAGCCUGAAGCUGAAAGAAAGAGAGACCCCUCUGGACAUCAUUCACAACCAGAACACAGAGCAGGGAACCAGCAAGCAGAGCAACUUUAAAAAGCUGACGCUGCAGAGCACCAAGUCCAGGGUGGCCUUCUUUGAAGAACUUUAA